CCGCCGCUCGCUCGCUCGCUCGCUCGGCUGAUCCGGCUCGGAGCGCAGGAACCGAAGCGGAGAGCGCUGCCUCGGCAGGUGGGAAGAAGGAGGAGGAGGAAGAGGAGGAAGAAGAAGCCCCCGCGAUCCUCUCGCGCGCGGAUCGUGCGCGCCCUCCCUGCCCGGCACCCACCAUGCAGCGGCCGGCUGAGCGAGCCUGUCUCCUGCUCGCCAUCCUGCCCGCCGCCUUGCUCGCCCUGGCCCCGCUGCCCGCCUCCCUCCCUCUCGCCGCCGCCGCUGCCAGGAACGCCAGCAGCAGCAGCCGCAGCCCCAGUCAGGGCGACUCCCGCGAGCCCCAGAAAGUGGCCGCCGCCGCCUCGACGCCGCCGCCUCCGCCGCCUUCCGCCGGGAAUCACAGCGGCGGCGGCGGCGGUGCCCAGCAGCGCAACCCGGUCCUGGAGAUGCUGCGCGACCUGCCGGCGCUCAAGGCCGCUGUCGUCGGAGCCUGCGCGGCCAGCGCCUGUCUGAUGGCCUGCCUGCUCUUCCGCGUCCUCAGGUCUAAGAAGAGGAACAAAAAAACCCGCAAAUAUGAUAUUAUCACGACUCCAGCAGAAAGGGUGGAAAUGGCUCCCUUAAAUGAAGAGGAUGAUGAAGAUGAAGAUGCCACAGUGUUUGAUAUAAAAUAUAGGUGAGGUCGUUGACCAAACUUCUUGGGAACUUUGUCUCGUGUAGAAAAUGAGGCAAGAACUUUGGAACAGAGGAAAGAUGGCAGAUAAUCUUCUUUGGAUCCAUAACAUUUCGAUCUUUUAAACGGAAAAGAGUGGAUGUCGGAUUUGACCUUUGGCCCAUCCCUAAUAAAUACAGCUGUUACGUUCCUGGAUGAAUGACGUGAUGAAUUGAAGAACCUCUUCUUCCUGCACUUCUUUCUCAUUCUAAAGACAAUCCUUCUGAUUCACCGUAGCUUCAGAUGCCACCAGCAAAUCAGAGAACUGAGGUCAGCCACCAGCGUUCAACAAUUCAGAAGCUGCCAAGGCAUUUUUUGCUCAAAAUAUGAAAGGAGACAGAUGGAUUCUGAUUGCAUUCUGGGAUUGGUUCUGAGUUGGCUAAGAUGUUUGCUCGUCUUGUGUGCAAAUUGAAACUUGUACUGGGUUGUGCUGAAAUUGUUCAGCACAGUUGUGUGCCUAUUUGUGUUGGGGGGGGGUAGAAUUUGGAUGGUUAACCCUUUCAGUAGACAGCUCUCAGGCCUCAGUAUUAACGAUGACCAGUGCGCUGCUGUAUUAAUUUACAAUAAGUUUUUACAGGGAGUUUCUCGCAAACUUUAUAUUUCUCCCCCCCAGAAGGUGAAUUCUGAUAGCAGGAAAAAACAAAAUACAGCACUCAAUUUAGGAAGAAAGGAAUUUUUUAAAAAAUCCCCUGUACCUCCUACCCUCGUGGGGAGAAUUUAUUUUUUUACAUAUGCGUUAUUUUGCUUUCUUUAGCCUCUCAUCAUUUAUUCAUUUCAAGGCAAUUAGCAAUCAGAUUACUGAUUCAGAAGAAGAGGUUUUGCCUUCGUGCCAGAGUAGUCCCAUCUGUUCUCCCCAGCAGAAACUUCCCCAACCUGUUUUCUCUCAAGAAAUGUUGGGAUUUUUGGUUUUUUACUGACGGGCAAUUAAGAAAGCUGAACCUCUGCAAAUCGAGUGUCUCCAGCUCCAAUCAUGUCAUCUUGGUUUGAACCUUUCAUAGCGGUGAACAUUUUUUCCUUUUAAUUAUACCUAACAAAUAAAUAUAAGGCAAAGUA